CCCGCUUAUCACGUGGGCGCAAACGUUCGUCCCACCAAGCCCACCCCCGGUUAUAGGCACUGCCUGCGUUAGCAGAAAUCUCGACCUAAACCGGCACGGCAAAAUCUAAGAGGCAAACGGUCCGCCAAAGAAACUGUUGCUUGCAAUUUUGUCCCUUUGGCAAGCACUGACGAUCGGCCUUCUUUCUUCUUAUUUUUCUACCCGACAAUCUUUGCAAGCCUAUUUAUACCUUCCCUUUGCGCAGUCACCCCGCGAUGACAUGAACCGACGCACAUCGAAGCUUUACGUAUCACAUUUGCCAAACCUCCCUCUCCAACUCUAGGCAACUUCUCCCUGCAAAUUCUGCCUGAGCUACCUGCUGCCGCAGACAAACUACGCUACUGAACCGCCUACAGUAGAAACGACACCAUAAUGGAAGGUGCCUUCACCCAUGUUGGCAACCAUCUGAUUUCCGACUCGGCCGCCGCCAUCAACGCGGAUGGAGAUGACUUUUCUGCGCUCGAUCCCGAUGAGAGCCUCCUCUACGGCAAAUAUGGAGGCCGAAGUGGACGCCGCCGUGCGGAUGACGACGACAACCAGACCGAAGCCUUUGACGAUGACGACAUUGAUAGCCUCAACAGCGUUCCCGUCGACGAGCUCAUGGGAAUGGAAUUAAAGGACCGCGAGAAGGAGUUGCCUGCACACGCUUGCGUCUACUGUGGAAUUCACUCUCCUGCUUGUGUUGUCAAGUGCCUUACCUGUAACAAGUGGUUCUGUAGUGCAAGAGGCAACGGCACCUCUUCGCAUAUUGUCAACCACUUGGUGCGCGCGCGCCACAGAGAGGUCCAGCUCCACCCCGAGUCUGCUCUCGGAGAUACAACUCUUGAAUGCUAUAGCUGCGGCACCAAGAACUGCUUCUUGCUGGGCUUCAUUCCCGCCAAGUCCGAUACCGUUGUUGUUUUGCUUUGCAGACAGCCUUGUGCUGCUGCCUCGUCCAACAAGGACAUGAACUGGGAUGUGUCUCGAUGGGAACCCUUGAUUGAGGAGCGUGCCUUUCUCUCUUGGCUAGUAAGUGCCCCGUCAGAGGCUGAACAGUUGCGCGCACGACACAUGACCACUGCAACAAUGGGCAAGCUCGAAGCCCUCUGGAAGACUGACCCGAAUGCCACGGUUGCCGACCUCGAGAAGACUGCGACGGCCGACGAAUACAUCGAAAGAGCACCCCUCAAGUUCGACGACCCAUACCACUAUCAGAACAUCUACGGCCCCCUCGUGAAGAUGGAGUCUGACUACGACAAGAAGCUCAAAGAAGCACAAUCUGAGGAUGAUAUUUCCGUGGAAUGGGGCGAAGCCAACAACGGUAACAUUACAGUCUCUUUUAAGCUACGCACUAUUGAUUCUGGUGAGGUCAAACUUGCUGUUGGUGAUGAGAUGGCCUUGCGAUAUGACGGUGGCCUUCGCGACCCCUGGAGAGGUGUUGGCUAUGUGACCAAGAUCCCAGGCAACGACGGCGACUUUGUGCAGAUCGAACUCCGAAAGACGGGUAACGACAAGUCUGUGCCCGUCGAGAUUCUCAACAACUUCUCCGCGGACUAUAUCUGGAAGGCUACAUCGUAUGAUCGUAUGCAGAGCGCCAUGAAGAACUUCGCCGUCGAUGAGAUGAGCGUGUCUGGAUUCAUUUUCCACACUCUCCUCGGCCAUGACGUUCGUCUGCAGCCCAUGAAGCUCAACUUCCCCAAGAAGUGGUCUGCUCCUGGCCUACCUGAUCUCAACCAAAGUCAAGUCGACGCUAUUCGCUCUGUCCUGCAGAAGCCUCUCAGUCUUAUUCAGGGCCCGCCUGGUACUGGUAAGACUGUCACCUCCGCCACAAUUAUUUAUCAUCUAGCCAAGAUGAGUGGAAACCCCGUUCUUGUUUGUGCUCCGUCCAACGUCGCGGUUGACCAGCUUUGCGAAAGAAUUCACAAGACUGGUCUCAAAGUUGUUCGACUGACUGCCAAGUCCCGCGAAGAUGUUGAGUCCUCUGUCAGCUUCCUGGCUCUUCAUGAGCAGGUUCGUAUGUCGGAGCAUAGCAGCGAGUUUACCAAGCUGUCUCAGCUCAAGAACGAACUUGGUGGAUUGUCCAGCCAAGAUGAAAAGAAGUUCCGCCAUCUGACCAAGGUUGCCGAGCGCGAGAUUCUCAGUAAUGCUGAUGUCGUCUGCUGCACUUGUGUUGGUGCUGGAGAUCCUCGUCUGGCGAAGAUGAAGUUUCGCAAUGUUCUGAUUGACGAGUGUACCCAAUCUGCCGAGCCAGAGUGCAUUAUCCCGCUUGUGCUUGGCUGCAAGCAAGUUGUUUUGGUCGGUGACCACAAGCAGCUUGGACCUGUCAUUAUGAAUAAGCAAGCUGCCAAGGGUGGACUCGACCGUUCCCUGUUUGAGCGUUUGAUGAAGCUUCAGAACCACCCUAUUGUUCUCAACAUCCAAUACCGAAUGCACCCCUGUCUUUCAGAGUUCCCGUCCAACAUGUUUUACGAUGGAAGUCUGCAGAACGGUGUUACGCACGAGAACCGCCUACGCAGAGACGUCGAUUUCCCUUGGCCGGUGGCAGAAAUGCCUAUGCUCUUUUGGUCCAACCUCGGUAACGAAGAAAUCUCUACCUCCGGAACUUCUUAUCUCAACCGCACUGAAGCCUCCAACGUUGAGAAGAUCAUCACCCGAUUCUCCAAGGCCAACGUCAAGGCAUCUGAUAUCGGUGUCAUCACCCCAUACGAAGGCCAGCGCAGCUACAUCGUUAGCACUAUGCAGAACUCUGGAACCAGCAAGAAAGAGUACUACAAAGAUGUCGAAGUUGCAUCCGUCGAUGCUUUCCAGGGCCGUGAGAAGGAUUUCAUUGUUCUCUCUUGUGUGCGAUCCAACGACAACCAGGGCAUUGGUUUCCUGUCUGAUGAACGCCGUCUUAACGUUGCCUUGACUCGAGCAAAGUAUGGCCUUGUGAUUCUGGGUAACCCCAAGGUGCUGGCCAAGAACCCCCUCUGGUACGAUCUGUUGCAGCACUUUAAGCGCAACAACUGCUUUGUUGAGGGCCCAUUGACGAACCUGCAGCGCUGUCUGCUCGAGUUCCCCAAGCCCAGAAACACCCACCGCAACAGAAAUGGGCAACAGAGCCAGUAUGGCAACCGUGGUGGCUUCCAGAGCAGCCGCUUCAACGGCGGCAGCCGAGAGACGGAGCAGGGAACCAUGCGCUACAUCCCUGACGAUGUCUCUUCUAUCCAUGAAUCCCAGUUUGGCGGUACCGGCCUUGGAGGUGCCUUCCCACCCAUGUUUUCCACCUUUGCACCAGAGCAGUGGCCCGGUCUGCCCGGCGUCGGAGCCCAUGGCCGUGGUGGUAACCGCCGCGCUCGCCCUGCCGAGAGCGUUGCUGGCGAGAGCGUAGCUAACUCUGAGUACACGGACGCAACAUCUAGUAUUCUGGGCGGCAAGGGAGUUGGUCAGGGCGGUGUUAGCCUCGGCGCCGGCCUUCAAGACCUUGCCGACGGCAUGCGCCCGAUCUCUCGCACUCAAGCAGAUCGCUUGCACGAAUACGUCGAGUCUGGUAACCGCAUGGGCCCCGUUGGUGCCGGAUACGUUGGCCGACGACUUGAUGAUGACGAAAAGAGCGUCAACACGGCUUUCCACAGCCAAGUUGGAGGCGGCUAUGUUUGAAGCGACUUCGCUUCUUGAAAAAGAAACAUGGAUACACAACAUUUGAAAACUCCAUUUACACCAACAUGUGCUCUCUGGACGAUUGAGCUAAGGAUUCAACAUCACUCAAUUUCCUGCAGAUAUCUUGCUAUGUCUACGAGUGCCCGUCUACUCAACCAUCGCCUGUGCUAGGUGCCGCGAUCUGUUGUAUCUACAGGUCGACAUCUCAUAAGCUACAUCAGGACUGGAGCCCUGGGACGGUAAGGGCAGCGCUGGAUAUCAUCAUACUCAGACGCUUGCCACAGUAUGCCCUCACCAGGACUACAGCAAUUGAGUCAGGAUGCCGAUCAACCCCAUCCAACCAUUCAAUUCAUCGCAGACCGUCAAACAGGCAUUUCGCUCCACAGACGCAAGCCUUGCUACUGCAGUAUAUUUACACAGCCUCUUCAGCACUGCCUGUUGCAGCGCAUCUGUCGCCGGCAAGUUCACUUGCUACGGCUGUUAAUCGUCAGGCUAGGAUUAGCCCACAUGCAAAAGCAGAAUUAUUCGUAAUAAAACCCAUAUUCAAUCUU